GCUCUUCCUGACUGACUGAGUGACACUGGCGCUGGGCGCUGCUGCUGCUGCUGCGGGGGGUGUCCGGACAUCGCCCCGCCGCCCUUCUUACGGAAUAGUAUCGGCGGAAGGGAUUGCGGCAAAACAUCACAGAGGGUCGGACUGGCCGCGGUUCUUCCCGGUCGGGCAGACCGACUGCGAGCUGAGCCGAAACGGGGGAGACCCCGGGGAGAGAGCAAACGGGAACAGUGCCUGAAAUUUGCUUAAGCAGUGCUUCUAAGAUGCUGUAAUGUGCUGACUGGUCAUUAUGGGCAGACGAUACCCAGGGGCAUAUCACUGUCCAAAUCGCAUAUAUUUCAUAUAACCUAUACUCCAGUACCCUCAUUGUUGAAGCCCUGUGAUCCUUGUCAGAAGUGCUCCCAGGUCAAACUGACUCCAUUGCGGACACUAUGUCAGUGUUCCUUGCAACCACCAACAGCCAAACAGAUGUAGUGAAUCGCAACAAUUCAGCUACGCCACCAAAUACGCUUAACCUUCGUUCCUCCCACAACAAACUGGUCAACUCUGAAAUAAAGAACACAGAAACCAAGAACAACACUCCUCCGAAGUGCAGGAAGAAAUAUGCCUUGACUAAUAUCCAGGCUGCAAUGGGCCUUGGAGAUACCACAGCAUCGCCAGUGAUAGUAAAUAACGCUAACUCAAAACUGGCAAAGAACGGAGAAAAUCAGCUGCGUAAAGCAGCUGAACAGGGCCAACAGGUCAUGAACAAGAAUAUUAGUGCAGAUGUUGUCAAAAAUAUAAUCUCAGAAAAAUUGGAGGGCAAGGAGCCAAACUUGCAAGACACAUCUUGCACUGAGCCCUUGUCAUCACAACCAAGGAAGAGUAAGAGCUUCCUGAAUUACUAUGCAGAUCUGGAGUCAUCCACUCGUGAGUCAGAGCAAAAUUAUGGCAACAAUCCUAUUGAUUGUGAGGAAAACACUGGCCUAUCCCAUGAUAGAAAUACAACGAAUGAUGAUGUGGCCAGUGACGAGAGUGUCAGUCCUGAAGAUUGCCAAAUGGCUACAAUUUCCUCCAGUCCAGAAAUCAAGAAAGAUCCACCUCGACUGGGAGGGAAAACUGACUGUGCAUUGAGUAAAAUGCAGAACAUGGCCCCCAGUGAUGAAGAUUCAAGUUGGACCACACUAUCACAAGACAGUGCUUCACUGAGUUCACCUGAAGAAACAGACAUAUGGAGUGACCAGUCAUUUCAGACUGACCCUGAUCUCCCACCAGGAUGGAAGAAGAUCAAUGAUGUGGCUGGCAUCUAUUAUUGGCAUAUACCAACAGGCACCACCCAAUGGGAGCGGCCAGUAUCUGCAUCAGCCGAGGCUUCAGACAUACAGAAAGAAUCAUUGAGUUCCAUUACUCCUUCUCCAACUCCAGAAAAUGAGAAACCAUGGACUGAUUUUGCUGUGCUGAAUGGUGGAAAGAUUAAUAGUGACAUUUGGAAGGAUCUCCAUGCUGCCACUGUAAAUCCAGACCCAAGUCUGAAAGAGUUUGAGGGAGCAACUCUUCGCUAUGCUUCUCUAAAACUGAGAACAGUACCACAGGCUGAGGAGGAUGGUUCCUGUACUAUCAACAGUGACCCAGAGGCUAAGUGUUUUGCUGUACGUUCCCUGGGUUGGGUAGAAAUGGCAGAGGAAGACCUGGCACCUGGAAAAAGCAGUGUUGCUGUGAAUAACUGCAUCCGGCAGCUCUCCUAUUGUAAAAAUGACAUCAGGGACACAGUUGGAAUUUGGGGAGAGGGUAAAGACAUGUACCUCAUACUAGAAAAUAAUAUGUUGAACCUAAUUGACCCCAUGGAUCGUACUGUUCUUCAUUCUCAACCAAUUGUCAGCAUUCGUGUGUGGGGUGUAGGUCGAGACAAUGGGCGGGAUUUUGCCUAUGUCGCAAGAGAUAAAGACACACGAAUCCUAAAAUGUCAUGUGUUCCGAUGUGAUACACCAGCAAAAGCCAUUGCAACCAGUCUUCACGAAAUCUGCUCCAAGAUAAUGGCAGAACGAAGGAACGCCAAAGCUGUGGCUUGCAGUAUCUCUCAGGAACGAGUCAAUAUGAACCUUGACGUUCCUCUACAAGUAGAUUUUCCAACACCAAAGACAGAACUGGUGCAGAAGUUUCACGUUCAGUACCUUGGUAUGUUGCCUGUGGCCAAACCAUUAGGUAUAGAAAUACUGAAUGGAGCAAUUGAGAGUUUACUGACCACAACUAACAAGGAGGACUGGAUAUCUGUUAUUAUGAACGUUGCUGAUGCCACUGUGACAGUAAUAAGGCAGAAGGAUGAAGAUGAGGUUUUGUUGGAAUGCCGUGUUCGUUUCCUAUCGUUUAUUGGAGUGGGGAAAGACAUCCAUACAUUUGCUUUUAUUAUGGACACCGGAAAUCAGCGUUUUGAGUGUCAUGUCUUCUGGUGUGAACCAAAUGCAGGGAAUGUAUCAGAAGCUGUGCAGGCUGCAUGCAUGCUUCGGUAUCAGAAAUGUUUAGUAGCCAGACCUCCUCCUCCAAGGAUGUGCUCUUCUGGUCCUCCAACAGACUCUGUGACAAGACGUGUCACAACCAGUGUAAAACGUGGAGUUUUGUCUCUCAUUGACACUUUAAAACAAAAGCGACCAGUAUCUGAAUCACCAUGAAGAGGAUUGAAAAGAUCCCUUUAGACGUUAGUCUAGAAAUAACUGAGAGAACACAACAUGAUCCAUGCAGAUGUUGAGCCUUCAAGUUAUAUAUGCUGAUCCUCUUGUCUUCAACAUAUAUUGUUUAAUGUUAAAAUUAAUGUAAGACGAGCAUGUUGUCUCAUUCCUCAUCAUGACAUUUUGGGAGGCGCAUGAAUAACUUUCUGCUAUCAACGUUUGAAUUCACUAACCAGUGGAAGUUAUCUGGAAUUUCUGUACACCCUGGAUUAAACGAUGCCCAAGCAGUUUAUCUCAUUGUCAUUCAGGCUGGAUUUCUCACAAUCAACCUUACACCAGAAGUAUUUACUAGUGCACUUAUUCUGUCACUAACACUGGUGUAUCCAUAGUGGUGUUUAGACUAUAAUAGAACUGUUUCUUUCAGUCAGUAGUAUCCUUUUGGCCAUUGCAGUUGUGUGAUCCUAUGUCCUGACUUAUAAGGUGAUCAAAAAUGAUCCCUUGUUGCUCUGCUGUUUGCUGUCAAUGAAGGAAGUACCAAUUAAAACAACUUAAACUAAUGUUGAAACAUCGAGGUGUGCAGCUCACCCGUUUGUCAGCUUUCAUAAGCUCAUUUCAUAAUCAUUGUCCUAGCCACAAGCUGUACAUUUUCCCUGUAACAUAGAACAAUAUUUAGCCAUAAGCCAUAAAAGCCAUGUCUUAUGAAUAUUUUUUUAGAAAACAGAAAAGGUUUACUAAUUUAUCUUUAGUUACUGUAUCAGCUUUAACUCACUUAAAACUUCACAGUUUUAAUAAUCAGAAGCCAUUUGUAGAAAAUAUUCUUUGCUGCUUGGGCCAUUUAUUGAUGAAAUCUGCAUCAUUGCUUUAUGCAGUGUAAUUUGGAAAUAUGCCAAGAAUACCUGGGAGUAUUUCAACUUGUCAGACUGUUGGCUAUUUGUGUUAAAUACCAUGUUUGUUUUUGCCUAGCUGUACUGGGUAAUAAAGAUGUCAGUAGUUUUCUUCAGCUUUAAGAUGAUGGAAUGAAAGAAGAAGGCAUGUACAAAAUAUCUUAAUAGAAUUAUGAAUUAAAUUCCUUUUAGAGCAUUCACCUCCUAGAAUAAGGCAACUUGGAAAGCUAUGUGUCAACUGCCCUAUUAAAUAUCCUGCUAAACCUUUCAAAAGUUCAACAUAAACAUUUGAGGUAUUUGUUUAUUGAAGCAAAGUCAGUUUAAUUUCUUAAAUAACAGUCAAUUGUAAUGUAAGUAUUGUCACUAAAUUGCUAGUUCAAAUUUCUAUUAGCAUUUUUUUAAUGUCAAAUGGAGAAAGGUUUGAGUUCAAGUCUGAAGAUAAAUGAGGUUUUAAAAAAAUACAGGACAAAGAAAGCGAUAUAUUUCUAUCAUCAUUCAACUGGUGAACUAGAGGUGUGUGAGAUGAAUCAGAGCAGAUAGAUCUCAGCUGAGCUGAAAACCAUGGAUAAUAUUACAUCCAGUUUAUGAAGAAUAUUCAAGUAUUGCUAAUGUGGAAUUCAGAGGCAUCAGCAAUGGAGUGGGGGUGGGGGCUGAGUUGAAAUUUCUUAAAAUUGUGAGUGAAAAUAUACACAAUAAAUAAUUGACCAGGAGAAUGAACCUGAAAGGAUAAUACAAAUAUCACUUUACAAUCAUGUUCCUUUCAGGCUGGCAGCAGGUAUUAGUAGGGUUUUUGUCAUGCUUUCCAAGAAACCCCAGUCUCACUUCCUGUUUUAAAUGCACCAAAAGGUUUUGUUUGGCUUCAAAUUCAGUUGAUUUUAAUGUCUACUUUCUCUAGUUUCAUAUUGCAUUUGAACACAAUGUAAAUAUUUCAGUGUUCUCCAUGGGUUUAGAAAAAAAAAUCAUAUUGUGAACUCCUGUUUUAAAAUUCUACUUGGGAAGAAAGGGGUGUCACAGAUCCAGUGGGAAUUGUUUUAAUUAUAAGGUUUUCAAGCUGCAAAUAUACAAAUUGAAACUGUGCAUUAUUUGCAAAUAGAGGCACAUUGUGUGUUACAUCAAGGUCACAAACAUGUAUGCAGUGCUUUUACAGAAUAUUUAUAACUAAUGCACAAUGCAGCAAAACCAGAUCUGUGAUUGAAAAGAAAAUCAGGCUGGAUUUGACCAAAUGGUAUGUUUUUGGAGGAGUUUUUGUCAGUUUGUUAAAACAACCUAUUAUUUAAACCAGUUGUUUUUGUUGCUAUAAAUGCAAGACUUGUAGAAGAAUAUCAGUACUUAUUUUUAUUUUUUUAAUGAGUAGACAAGCUAGAUGUAACUAGAUUAUGAAUGUUAUCUAUGCAUCCAUUAUAAGCAGUGGCUUUCUAGACAAAUUGCUGUGUCACUGCUGUGCAUGCCAUAUAGCUAUUUUAAGCAAAACAACAAGUAAACUUUAAAAAAAGGCAAAUUAAUGAAAAUAUUUUUUAUUUUAUUUAUUAUAUUUUAUAUUGAAAUAUCUCAAUUGAGUUGUUUUAUGUUCUACUGUCAGUUCUCACAUUGUGGCUAAUUAAUUUCUAAAUACUGUAGACUGACAUGAAGGUAAUUAAACAUUCAUUGUUCUUAUUCUCUCCUUACAAUGAGCCAAAGUACUGUUGUGAUACAGGAACAAAGCCAGUUUCAAACUGAUUUUGUUGAUGAUAAUUGGGGAUAUUGGACUGUCAGGAGUUUACCAGAUGGGCUGUCAUUGAUAUAUCCUUUUGUGCUUCCCAACAAUACCCCUUUCUUUGUUGUUUUAAUUACAUGAAGAAACUAUCAACUGUUUGAUUUUUUUUG